AUGCAUGAUGGCAUCCCUCUGGGACCAAGGGAGGUCGCAACAACUAUAGCCAUGCCGCUGUUCCCAGUGAUCGCUGUCAUCACUGUAAGCAUGGCAUCCCUGCUCAUACAUCAGAAACCCAUCCUUUUCCUGUGCAUAUGCUCUCCCAUUGCUUCCGUUCUGCUCCUGAUCUCUUGGCUCUUUUGCAUAAUUAGCGGCAAGUAUGGGAUAGGCGUAUCUUAUAUUGUUGUUACUUUGACGACUCUUCCCUCGCUUUUCGGGAUUUCUUGGAAGCCACACAGAUGGUUGGUGGCAAUUGUUUCCUAUUCCGUAUCUUGUUUUCUGUGUCUUGUGUUCCUCUUCAUUAUACCUUUCUAUGCACGAGUGUAUCACACUGUUGUGCUUAUCUUGGGAAUAUUGAUUCCAUACGUUCUAUUUGCUCUAUCACAUGCCCUUUCUCUCUUCAUUCUAUUGCGUUGGUAUCGUCACUUCACUCAGCGAUUGACUGAGCAGCUGAAUGGAAUAUCUCUUGAAGGGAAAACAGAGAUUAUUGCCUAUCGAUAUCUACCUGCCCCUCGAGUCUAUCCGCUUAGUGACUCUACAGUUGCUCUCUGGACAACUCAGGAGAUGAUUCGUCAAAAGGUGUAUGGUUUCAGACUUUGUGCUCUAUUUUCACGUGUCACAAAUUUGCCAUACUUUGCUCAAACUACUGUCAACUCUCUCAAAUAUGCUUUAUCAUUCAGCCGUACUGAUGAUGAAAGCGUGGAGUUGUAUGGUGAAGGACUACGGGAGAAGACUCUUACGUGCCUCUGUAGGCUGAAGAUGGUCAUUGGCGUUAAGGAGAUAACAGCUUCGGCCCAUUUUUCCUCUGAAACAUACACUAUAGAACCUCUUUCUCUCUCCAAGAUACUUAGUAUUGCAUCUGCUUCCUCCAUCCUUUCCCACUCACCGACGGAGAACCUGUUCCUGAGGGCAUUCAACUCAUCUGAGCGCCCUAGUAUUCAAGCUCUUACUAGGCUACGUCUCAUGCGGUAUUGGACAGAUUCCAUUUACAUACAAUCCCCACCGUAUAGAAUGAUCGUAUCCCGCACGUCUUUUUACAAUGACUUCCGAAGAAUUUUUGCUGUUGAAGGAAGGGAACUGAUACGAAGGGAAAUCCUAGUAUCCUUCGCAGGCGAGGAGGCAAUCGAUAUAGGCGGAUUAAAAAGGGAGCUAUUUACUAUGGUUGGGGACAUAUUAUUUUCUGCCCUAUCACACGACGGAUUGGCACCGAAUAUGAUUGUGUCGGAAUCGUCAAAUGAGCUUACUAUGUCCCCUACCGUUCUCCCCUUGGACGCCUUCUGCAUGGGCUGGCUCAUUGGCCGCUGCCUAUGCUAUGGCAUAUCUCUGUCUUCACAGCUUAGUAGAUUGUUUAUAAGCUUAGCUAUGAAUGUUUCGCCGACCCUCGCAGACAUUAUACACUUUGAACCGGGGCUGGGGAACCUUAUUGCGGAGGCUGAAAAAGACGAUCAUUCGCUUGCAAUCCUGAAAGAAUCUAUUCCAGCACUCUCUAACACGUCUUGCUGGUACAAGUCGUUUAAGUUCUGCGCAAACUUUAACAAUAAAAAGAAGCGCCUAUGCUUCAGAAGAAUCAACUUGGAGAAGGUCAUUGUUUCGUAUCUAUAUCCCCGCAGUUCUAAAGCACUGCACUAUCUUCGGAGUGGCUUUCGAACGGCUAUUCCUGCACCUGGGUGUUACUUCAUUGAUGUUUCUCUUGUACAUGCGAUCGUUGUGGGUGCACCCUCUAUUUCUAUCGACGACUGGCGGGAGCACUCUGUAGUAGAUGGAUGCUGGUCGAAUCCAGAAGUAGUUGAAUGGUUUUGGGAACUCCUUAGGGAAAAUCCUGAACUUGCUGUUGGUAUCCUUCGCUUUUCUUGUGGGAUAAGCGUUCCCCCACAAGAGGGCUUUUGUAAUCUUGGUCAGCCCUUAUUCCUGGGUCAGCAUCCACUUCCCUUCACAUUGCGGCCCUGCUCAAAAGAUAGACUUCCCAUGGGCCAUACCUGUACCAAUACAUUACAGAUACCGUUAGCAGAAUCUAAGGACGAUCUUCUGCGUGCACUAAAGGUCGCGGCGAGGGUUUCUGCGAUGGAUAUAAAAUAA